AUGCGAUCUCGCUCGUUCCUCUUCGCAGUGGGAGGAAUCACUCUUUUGAUCGUGGUGGGAGCGUCGCCCGUUGCGAUGGAGAGACAUUACUUCGCUGAAUCCGCAUUGCUAUCUAUUUCGGAUACCAGCACCGACACUACUAUUCCCAGUCGUUCAGUUCCUCCGGCCAUCGAAUGCGAAUAUCUGGAGGUCGAAAUGGCAACAUCGCAAUCGCUGAGCGAAGCCGGUAGAAGUGCAUCACAGUCACCAAAUGAAGACACAACCAAUGAAGUAAGCAACAAAGAAAGCAUUGGAGACGUCAGGCCAGACCCAACAUCCGCAACCGAAGUCAAAACCCUCUUCACACCCUCUUCGGUGAGCAUAUCAAAUUCGCCCACUGCUAUCACGGGAGCAACGGGAAGUUCUCAGAAUGAUUUGGUAGUAAUCGGCGCUAUCAACGCCUCAUUUCAUAUCAGCACCCGCGUACAACAAAAAUACCCGACACCGCCAUCGAACAGUCAAGGAAGGCCAGCACAGAGAGAGGCUCCGAUCGUUGCCUACAGCCAUAGCCAUAGUUCUAGUUGCGAGAAUUGGCCUACUUGGCUCCUGCUUGCAUUGAUAUGCAUCAUACUUCUGCUGAGGUGGCUUGUUAAAUCGCCACAGAUAGAGAUGCAUUCACGCUGGUUUUGGCCUCGACAUAAAACUCCUACAACAAAAUUGUCGCCAUUUCCGUCGCAUUCAGGCGUGUCGUAA